GGGGGCCGGAGCAGGGGCGGCGGCGCUCGGACUGUCCCAUCCGCCCCAUAUUGAGGCGCUGGGAGCGGCGGGGCGGCCGGAAAGCGAUGGUGAAAGCGGGGCCGUGAGGGGGGCGGAGCCGGGAGCCGGACCCGCAUUAGCGGCAGCAGCGGCGCCGCCUCCCCCGGAGCGCAGACCCAGGAAGCGGUCGGGAGGGGAGGGGAGCGAACCAGGCCGGAGCCGAAGCCACCGCCGUCAUGGAGCUGAGAGUUGGGAACAGGUACCGGUUGGGCCGAAAGAUCGGCAGCGGCUCCUUUGGAGACAUCUAUCUCGGUACUGAUAUUGCUGCAGGAGAAGAAGUUGCCAUCAAGCUCGAAUGUGUCAAAACCAAACACCCUCAGCUCCAUAUUGAGAGCAAAAUCUACAAAAUGAUGCAGGGAGGAGUGGGCAUUCCUACAAUUAAAUGGUGUGGGGCAGAAGGGGACUAUAAUGUCAUGGUGAUGGAGCUUUUGGGACCAAGCCUUGAAGAUCUCUUCAAUUUCUGCUCAAGAAAAUUCAGUCUGAAAACUGUCCUGCUACUUGCUGACCAGAUGAUUAGUCGGAUUGAAUACAUUCAUUCGAAGAACUUCAUCCACCGAGAUGUGAAGCCGGAUAAUUUUCUUAUGGGACUGGGAAAAAAGGGUAACCUAGUCUAUAUCAUAGACUUUGGGUUGGCCAAGAAGUACCGAGAUGCUAGGACCCAUCAGCACAUACCCUAUCGUGAGAAUAAAAACCUCACAGGAACUGCUCGUUAUGCCUCCAUCAACACUCAUCUUGGAAGAAGGGAUGACUUGGAGUCCCUGGGCUAUGUGUUGAUGUACUUCAAUUUGGGCUCCCUCCCCUGGCAGGGGCUGAAGGCUGCUACCAAGAGACAAAAAUAUGAAAGAAUUAGUGAAAAGAAAAUGUCCACUCCCAUUGAAGUGUUAUGUAAAGGCUACCCUUCUGAAUUUGCCACAUACCUGAAUUUCUGUCGUUCGUUGCGUUUUGAUGACAAACCUGACUAUUCCUACCUGAGACAGCUCUUCAGGAACCUGUUCCAUCGCCAGGGUUUUUCCUAUGACUAUGUGUUUGACUGGAACAUGCUAAAAUUUGGUGCCAGCCGGGCAGCUGAUGAUGCCGAAAGGGAACGCCGGGAUCGAGAGGAACGAUUGAGACACUCCCGAAAUCCAACUACUCGGGGUCUCCCUUCCACUGCAUCAGGCCGCCUGAGGGGAACACAAGAUGUAGCUCCUCCCACUCCCCUCACCCCUACCUCACAUACUGCUAACACCUCUCCUCGGCCUGUCUCUGGAAUGGAAAGAGAGCGGAAAGUGAGUAUGAGACUGCAUCGUGGUGCCCCAGUCAAUAUCUCUUCGUCUGAUUUAACAGGCCGACAAGAUACCUCUCGCAUGUCAACCUCACAGAUUCAUGGGGUGACUUCCAGUGGUCUUCAGUCUGUCGUGCACCGAUGAGAAAUCUCCUUUUUGCCGUGGAGGGGCAGACAAUGCAUGGCUGAUCUACUAUGUUACCUACCAAUGGCUUUACUAGUGAAACGUCCCCCGAUCUAGAACAGAAAACGUUAACACCAGGAGCUCUCCAGGCCUUUUUACCCAGCGAUGCUCAUGGGGGAAACAAAAAAAUACCCUAACCGAACAAACUCCAAGUGCUGCCAUCGCCAGGGGCUGAAACCUGAUGCCCCCUCACAAAGAACUCAGUUAUAACGGGGCUGGGAAGAAAAACCAGAGUGUAAGAGAGAGACAAUUUGCAAAGAGAAUCAAACUCCCAUUCGAGAGUCUUUUCAUUUUUCCCUCCACUGGUGGUAAACUUAUGCUACCCCUUAUUAUUAUUCUACUGUAACUAUAAAUCUUUUACUUGGUUUAAGACAGUUUUGUAUCAUUUUGCUAAAAAUUAUUGGCUUAAAUCUA